AUGAUUCAAUGCAUCAAAUACCUCAGUUCUUUAAAUUUUAUUAACUUAGCAAACGACAUUGUCGCGAACAAUAUCCUUACCGUGAAAGACACGAAUUCCGAUGCUGGCUUCGAUCAGUUGUUCAAGUGGAAAUCCUUUUCAAAUGGCUUUAACGAGGCGAAGACUCUUAAAAAGCCUGUAUUUUUAAUGAUUCAUAAAGAAUUUUGUCCUGCUUGUCAAAGAUUGAAGGAAAAAUUUGCGAAAUGUGUCCGAUUAAUGGAUAUUAGUGAUAGGUUCGUGAUGGUAAAAGUAGAGUUUGAGGGUCAACCGAUUCUGACCGAGAAAAAAUUCCAACCCGAUGGAAAAUACGUUCCUAGGAUAUUGUUCUACACAGCUGACGGCGGUUUUAUCGAGGAAGCCUACAACAAGCACAGGGACGCCGACAAAGAGCACAAAUACUUUUACUCCAGUCCCACGCAAAUUAUCGACACCAUGAUGUACGUUUUGAAGAAAUAUUCAAAGGAGCCGUCGCUGGUUAUGUUCCAAAGCGACCAUCCCUCGAAACCGGAAGUCUGUGACGUAGAUAACGACAUCAUUGUACCAACUAUAUUACAUUAA